AUGAAUAAUAAGUAGCGAAUAGCAAAAUAUAAGGAGAAAGUGAAUGAUGUAAUUGAGAAAAUGAUGUAUGAACUGUUUAAAUAAUAACCUGAAAACUAUGUAAAUAAAUUAGUUUAUGAAAGAUUGAUUGGAUGAUGGAAUAUUUAGAAUAAGUUAAAAGGAAUUCAUUAAAGAGUCAAUAAGCAAAGUUUGAAGUAGAAUACAAUUUAUCAUCUGAAGAAGAAGAGAAUGAAGAAGUUGAAGAAUUACCAUAGCCAGUUAAAAAUACAAAAGGUUUUAGAAGUUCUGUAAGUGCAGAAGUAUUUGGAAUGCACAAUAAGAAAGAGAAUUUUAUACCAAGAGUAAUUCCAAAGACAGAAGAAUAGAAAUAAUAGAUAUUAGAGAAAUUAAUGAAAGUGUUUAUGUUUUCAGCUUUAGGCUAAAAUGAAUAAGAAAUAGUAGUAAAUGCAAUGGAGGAAAAACAUUACUAAAAAGACUAAUGGGUUAUUAAUUAGGGAGAUGAUGGAGGUGAGCUUUACAUAGUAUUUUCUGGUGAACUUGAUUGUUUUAGAAGAAUGAAAGCAACAGAUACAGAAUAAAAAUAUCUUAAGGAAUAUAAAUCAGGAGAUAUGUUUGGAGAAUUAUCUCUUUUGUAUAAUGCACCUAGAGCAGCAUCAAUUUAAGCUAAAAGAGAUUCUAUUUUAUUUGCAUUAGAUAGAAGCACAUUUAAUAAUAUUGUUAAAGAUGCUACUAUUAAGAAAAGAUAACAAUAUGAAGAUGUUUUAUCUAAGGUAGAAUUAUUAUAAUCUAUGGAUACAUAUGAAAAGACAUAAAUAUGUGAUGGUUUAAAAGAAUAAGUCUAUUCUAAAGGUUAAAUUAUUAUUUAAGAGGGAGAAGAAGGUGAUAAGUUUUAUAUGGUUGCAGACGGAACUUUAAUUGCUUAUAAAUAAAACAAUGGCUCAUCUGAACAAGUCUUACGUUAUCAAACUGGAGAUUAUUUUGGUGAAUUAGCAUUAAUUCAUAAAGUACCAAGAUAAGCUACAAUCAAAGCUGAAGUAUUUUAUAUUAAUUAAAUUUUAUAGACUGAUUGCACUGUUGUUUAUUUGGAUAGCAACUCAUUUUUGAGAUUGCUAGGACCUGUUGAAGAUAUUUUAAGAAGAAAUGCAGCAAAUUAUAAAAAAUUCAUUUCGAAUUAAUGA